AUGUCGGAAAUAAUGAUUUAUGGGAUACCAGUUACUUUUCCUUUUGAACCUUACGAGGUUCAAAAAUCCUAUAUGGAAAAGGUUAUUGAAAGUUUACAAAAUAACACAAACGCAGUACUUGAAUCACCGACGGGAACAGGAAAAACUCUCAGCCUUUUAUGUUCAUCGUUAGCAUGGCUGUUGGUAAAAAAAGCACAAUUGCAAAUGAAUGCACAACUUGGUAACUUUUCUGAACACAGUGGAUAUAGCAAUACAUUGCGAGACAAUCUGAAAAGUAACGCAGGCAAAUCUAAGGAUAACACAUCAUGGGGCAUGCCAAAGAUUAUAUACUCUUCCCGUACGCAUUCACAAUUAACGCAAGCUAUGCAGGAAUUGAAAAGAUCCAGCUAUCGGCAUGUAAAAGCAGCAGUUCUGGGCUCGAGAGACCAGAUGUGUAUUCACCCGGAGGUAUCAAAGGAAACAAAUAAUAUGAAUAAAGUUCAUAUGUGCCAGCUGAAAGUAAAAUCUAGGACUUGUCAUUUCUACAAUAAUGUUGAAUCAAAGAAGGAUGACAGAGCUGUGAAAGGCGAUGAUAUUUUAGACAUAGAAGAUUUAGUUAGUGUCGGUAAGAAAUUAAAAUGCUGCCCAUAUUAUUUGUCGAAGGAACUCAAACAAGACGCUGAUAUAAUAUUUAUGCCAUAUAACUAUCUAUUAGAUCCAAAAUCAAGGCGGGCUAAUGGAGUCGAGCUCAUGAAUAAUAUUAUUAUACUGGAUGAAGCACAUAACGUAGAGAAAAUGUGUGAGGAGUCCGCUUCACUGCAAAUAAGAACUACAGAUGUUGCUCUGUGUAUAGAUGAAAUUACUUACAUAAUGAAAUCAUUUGUGGAUGGAGAGGACUUAGAUGUUACACUGGAUCCAAACCAACCAAAAGAUUUCACUUGCGAUGAUUUAUGUACAUUAAAAGAAAUGAUGUUGGCAUUUGAGAAAGCUGUGGAUGAAAUCCAAGUCGGUUCCGAAGGCUCUACGUUUCCUGGCGGGUAUAUCUUUGAGCUUCUGUCUAAAGCUGAGAUCACAGACAGAAAUCAAAUGUCAGUUAUAGGAUUAAUAGAAAAUUUAAUUCAAUAUCUUUCUACCGCUAGCUCUUCACCGUUUACAAGAAAAGGCGUGGGAUUACAAAAGAUUGUUGAUCUGUUAAAUGUGGUCUUCAGCGGUACUACAGUAGCUUAUAAGGAAAGAGUAAAGCUUUGCUACAAGGUCCACAUACAAGUGGAAGAAAAGAAAAAUAAUAAGAAAACAGACAGCUGGGGUGCUCUUAAAGCAUCAAAUACAAAAUCCGCUGAGAGGGUUCUUAGCUACUGGUGUUUCAGUCCAGGAUUUGGAAUGAAGCAGUUGUUGGAACAAAAUGUUAGAAGUAUUAUAUUAACAAGCGGUACUUUAGCUCCAUUGAAACCUCUUAUAUCUGAAUUGGGUAUACCCAUAGGAGUUCAACUAGAGAAUCCACAUAUAGUCAAAUCCAAUCAAAUACAUGUUAAAAUUAUUGGUCAAGGUCCGGAUUCUGAAAUAUUAAAUUCCAAUUAUCAGAACAGAGAUAAUCCCAAAUACAUUUCAUCUUUAGGAAGAACGAUACUAAGCUUCUCUCGAGUUAUACCUGAUGGAUUAUUGGUUUUCUUUCCGUCCUACCCCAUCAUGACAAAGUGUCAAGAAAUGUGGCAGGCUGAGGGCAUCUGGUCAAGCUUAAAUAGUAUAAAACCAAUAUUUGUUGAACCACAAAGGAAGGACACAUUCAAUAGCAUCAUCAACGACUAUUACGGUAAAAUAAGGGAUCCAAAUAGUAGAGGAGCAUGCUUUAUGGCAGUUUGUAGAGGGAAAGUAUCUGAAGGUCUGGACUUUGCUGAUAUGAACGGGAGAGCAGUUAUUAUUACGGGAUUACCUUUUCCACCGCUUAAAGAUCCCAGAAUAAUAUUGAAGAAGAAAUACUUAGAAGAGCUUAGGGUGAAUCAAAAAGAAUACUUAUCUGGUGACGAGUGGUACUCAUUGGAAGCAAGCAGAGCUGUUAACCAAGCUAUUGGUAGAGUCAUCAGACACCAGAACGAUUAUGGUGCUAUUCUAUUAUGUGAUACCAGAUUUAACAAUCCUAAGCUAAAAAAUCAAUUAUCGGCUUGGCUUAGAGACCAUAUAGUGGUGUCGAAUAAGUUUGGGUUGACUGUGAGUGAGAUAUGUAGAUUUUUCAAAAAUGCUGAAACCUCUUUGCCAGCACCUAAAUUGAAACCAUUACUUCCUCAUGAGUCUAACACUAACUUCAAAGAGUCCAAUGCUCCGAGUUUAACUGGUGUAUCAUUUCCUGUUACCAACAGUAGAGCUGUAAAUAAAACUAAGACAUUGAACACAGUCAGUCAGUAUCCAAAUUCUAAUGAAGUGUAUGCAGAUUUUUCUAUAGAUUUUUAUAAAAAUGCCCAAGCUUCAACAUAUGUUAAUGAAUUUAAACCGAAGGCCACAAAGGAUUUAUUCAGUGCUUUAGAUAGCAGCAGUUCAUCUCAGGGGUCUUCAGAGUCUCUCGUUACUAUUAAUAAAAGAUCUUCACAAGAUAUCCCAAUCAUAGCCGCAUCAAAGAAGAAGAAAUUGAAGAUAAAGUCAUUCGGUUUUGAAGAAAAUCUUCAUAACAGAGGAUCAUCGGAGAUGCCAAAGGAAAGAUUAGCUCCAACAUCAUUAAUCGAUUUCGUUAAGGAAAUAAAAACUUUGUUAGAACCAGACCAAUAUAAAAAAUUUCAAUUGUCAAUAUCAACUUACAAGAAGGAAGGUGAUUACAAUGUAUUUUUACAAACACUCUCAGAGUUACUAGAAAAUUCCAGAUUGUUUUAUUUGUUUAAAGGCAUGAAGAGAUUCUUGAAAGACAACCACAAACAAUCAUUUGAUGAAUACUGUGAUAAUGUUAAGUUUCAUAGCUGA